AUGGGUCAAUUCAAGAAAGAAAAGGCUCGUGUGGCUCGAUCCAAGGAGGGUGGCGACGAUCGUGCGACCAACAUUCGUGUCAAGGGCGAGAACUUUUAUCGUGAUGCCAAGAAGCUACGCUAUAUCAACAUGCUGAAAGGCGGCAAGGCGAUCCGCAACUCUGCAGGCAAGAUUGUCAAGGCAGCCGACUUUCAAAGCACUGAAGUCAAGACGGCACGAGUGGCUCCCAAUCGCAAGUGGUUUGGCAACACUCGAGUGAUUGGACAAAAGGCUUUGGAAGACUUUCGAGAAUCUCUUGGUGCAAAGAUCCAUGAUCCUUAUCAGGUGCUCUUGAAGCAGAACAAGCUUCCCAUGUCGUUGUUACAAGAUCCUACAAAGCAAGGUCGUAUGCAUAUUCUCGAGACAGAGUCGUUUUCAUCUACGUUUGGUGCAAAGUCACAACGCAAGAAGCCUAAACUCGCUAUUGGAUCGAUGGAAGAACUUAUGACCAAGGUCGAUGAAGAGCAUGACAAUUAUCAAUCGAGCAAGGAUACCAGCUUGUUGGCCAACAAGGAGAAGGAUUUCGUCGACGAGGCACGUGCAUGGUAUCUUCAAGCAGGUCAAUCCAAGCGUAUCUGGAAUGAGUUGUACAAGGUCAUUGAUUCCUCUGAUGUUGUCAUUCAUGUUUUGGAUGCUCGUGAUCCUCUUGGUACUCGCUGCCGCAAGAUUGAAGAUUUCAUCCGCAAGGAGAAACCCCACAAGCAUUUGAUUUUUGUGCUCAACAAGUGUGAUUUGAUCCCUACUUGGGCUACCGCCAAAUGGGUUUCCUAUCUUUCCAAAGACUAUCCCACGCUCGCCUUCCACGCAUCCAUCAACAACUCGUUCGGCAAAGGUUCGCUCAUUCAGCUCUUGCGCCAAUUCUCCAGCUUGCACAGCGAUAAGAAACAAAUCCAGAUCGGCUUUAUCGGAUAUCCCAACACUGGCAAGUCUUCCAUCAUCAACACUCUUAAGGCAAAGAAGGUGUGCAACGUUGCUCCCAUCCCUGGUGAAACCAAGGUCUGGCAAUACAUCACUCUUAUGAAGCGUAUCUACCUCAUUGAUUGUCCUGGUGUUGUGCCACCCAAUCCUGAAGAUUCUGAAACUGAUAUUAUCCUCAAGGGUUCGGUCCGAGUUGAAAACGUUCCUAAUCCUGAAGACAACAUCCCCACCAUUCUCGAGCGUGUACGCAAAGAAUACAUCCAACGGACAUACAACAUCAUGGAUUGGACCGAUCCCAACGACUUUUUGGAACAACUGGCACGAAAGACUGGCAAGCUGCUCAAGAAGGGCGAACCUGAUUUCCACAAUGCUGCCAUGUUGGUGCUUCACGACUGGCUUCGUGGUAGAAUUCCUUACUAUGUCCCACCGCCUGAGGAUGAAAAGGCCCCUGAACCCAAGGAGAAGAAGAAGAUUGGUGUGGAGCAGAUUUUCAAAAACAUUGCAGUAUCCAGCAAUUAUCUUGAAGAUGAUUUGAAGAAGGAGGAACUCAAGCAAAAGAAGGAUGAAUCAGAAGAUGAACAAGAGGAUGAACAAGAGAAGGAAGGUGAAGCACCUGCUGAGGAUCCAGCUGAUUGGGAUGAAAUCUUUGAGAGCGUUGUUGGUGAAGAAGGACCUGUUACCAAGGCACCUGUCAUUGAAGGCGAGGAAGAGGAUGAUGAACAAGAUGAUGAGGAGGAUGAGCAAGUCGAUAGCGAGCUUGAGAUGAGUGAUAUGGGUGAAGAAUUACCAAGCAGUGAUGAUGAAGAAGAAGAGAAUCCUCGCAAGAAAAAGAAGGCUGUCAAAGAAGAAGCACCAUCCAAAAAGAAAAAGGUCGGUGUCCAUUACUAUGAGACUGCCAAUGUCAAGAACCGCAACCGCAACAAGGUCAGACCUGAUGAAACAGCCAAGAAGGUACUUAAUAGCCGUCUCAAGGGAUCAGCACAAGCCGGCAGCAAACGCAAGAGACGUUAA